GUCACAUGAAUGAAUAAUCACUCGAGUCUUUUCUUACGGAAAAUCCUACGACAUGGGAUUACAUUAUUUUUCAGUUUUUGGUGCGCUGUUUGCGUUGUUUGCGCUACGAGUAAGCGCUGCUCCUUUACAUAUCUUGCUGGUGGUUAUAGAUGAUUAUGGUUGGAGCGAUGUUGGGUUCCAUGGCUCCAAAAUAAAAACCCCAAACAUGGAUCGGCUUGCUUCUGAAGGAGUCAUACUGGAUAACUAUUACGUGCAACCGAUUUGCACACCGACUAGAAGCGCUCUUCUAUCCGGUAGAUACCCGAUACAUACAGGUAUGAUAAUGUACUUGCUUUAAUGAAUAAGAUUUCAUUAUUUUAUUACUAAAAUAUUUGGCUAAUUACACAUGUCGAUUUUUGUUGCUGGGGGAGGUAGGAAGGCGAUAUUGUCUGAUUCUUGGCAAGGGUGGUGGUGGGGCAACAACUUUGUGCCAAGAAUGUCAACAAUACAGAAGCCUGUGUAAGGAUCUCGGUCUUUGUAGAUGAGAGAAAAAAUCGAACGAGAAGCGAAAAAAACGCGCAAGCAGCGAAAAAGCUAGCGAGCGAAAAACGGCGGGAAUGGGGAAGGGGAGAUCACCUCACUCUCUCUUCCAAGUCCUCACGCGGUUUUUCGCACUUUUUUCUUUUGAUCCGUUUUCCCCACUAUCUUGGAGCCUGGAACAGGCUAAGAAUACCGCGACACAUACAAUUUAAAAGGAGUUAUUUCACGCAAUUUUAAGUUUUAUCAGUUUAAAAAGGUAAAAAGUGACUUCCAUUUAUUGAAUUCCAAAAGUAACAGGGGCACCCCACGAGAAUGUAGUUCAAAACCACUUAAACAUAGCGUUGUUGAACGUAUUUUAGUAUUUAAACGGUAGAUAUAGGCAUAUUUUUAUUCCCUAAAAAUUUUUCAUCUGUUCGGAUUUCCUAGCUUAAAGUCUAGUGAUCCGAAAAUUCUAGGGAUCAAAACUUACCUUUUCGAAAAUUUCAGCCAGAAAAAAGGCUCCCGAAAAUUAUAGGUGACCUAUUUACGGUAAAAAUCCGUUAAAAAUGGGUAAUUAUACCAUGUUUGGGAGGUUCGAAAAUCCUAGGAGAGGCAUGCAAGCAAGAAAUUUAACAACAAAUGUUCCGAAAAUUCUAGAUCUCAAAUCGUCUUCCGUACAGAUAUUUUCCAAAAAUUGUCGUUGGGUGCCCCUGAAGUAAUGACUAUAUUACGGAUUGUUUCCUGUCGUCUGUUGCUAUGGAUGACGAGGAUGGACACCGGCCGAUUGAAACUUAAGAAAGUUUGGCGAACUUUUUCAAGUUUUAAUGCUACGUCUGCGAAAAUCACACAAAAAGCUAAUGGUGUAUAGUGCUACCUGGGUAGUUUGUUCGAUAUCUUCUUCACCAUUUUGUGUUUUGUAAAGGCGCUAAGUAAUGACUUGAACGCAUAACUGACCUAAAACAGCGUAGGCGCUUUAACUCGCUGGAAAAUUAUCAUGUUGCCAAUAUUGUCAGAAGUUCGAGUCCCGAUGAAGUCCUUAAUCUUUUCCAAAGUUACAAAAAUUACAUUCGUGUCCUAAUAAGCAUUACUUAUUUUUUAAAUUCUUUUUUCACUGUUGUCUUCGAUUCAGGUCUUCAGCAUGGAGUGAUACGUCCUACAGAGCCUUAUGGACUUCCACUGAAUUUUACCACCUUACCGCAGCAGCUCAAAAAAGCUGGUAUGACAUUUAUUGCAAACAUAAGUCAUUAGUUUUGUCGCAGUGAGAAAAGUAGAUCCUCAAACUCGUUCCCAGUGCUUUUUCCCUUUUGGAACGAGGUUGGCAGAACUUGGCUUAAUGACUCAUGACUGUGCAAAUUUCAAUAUUGUCCGAGAAAAAUAAAGAUGGUCUACGGACGGUGGGGAAUUAGCAUUGUCACUAAGAACUGUCCAUCAUCAAGGUGAUAGUAUAAGGAGAAUUUCUGCUCGGCCUGCAUAGGUGUUGCUUGGUACUUAAAUGGAAGGUGAUGAGGUGGUAUAUAGUGCAAGCCUUUUGGGUGAUAGGGAAGUGUGGCGAGUUAGAGUAAGGGCCCGUUUCUAAUACUGAAUUAAUUUUGUUGUUGUUGAUGAUGAUGAUGACGAUGAUAAUGAUGAUGAUACGAUGACGAUAAUGAUAAUGAUGAUGAAGGUUAAAUAAGCUAGACUUUGAAUCACUAACAGAUAAAAAAAAGAACUCCGACUCUAAAUAGAUAUUUGAGUUUGCGUUUGUAGCGGAGGGCGACAAGUUCUAAACUAGAGUUGUUAUAUCCUAAGAGACCUUGCAGCAGAUAGUAGGGACAAAAAAGAGUAUGAAGCCCGGUGGUUUGAAAAAUCUCCUAGCCUCUAUACUGAAACAAAACAGCCGGUUUUUUCAGCUCUCUACUAGGGCCGGACUGCAACGAUAACAGAAAUGUAAUUUGUUUUACGUCAGGGUAUUCAACGCAUAUAGUGGGAAAGUGGCACCUUGGAUAUUAUGAAUGGCCAUAUACUCCUACUUACCGCGGCUUUGAUUCAUUUUACGGAUUUUACAUGGGAGCUGAAGACCACUUUAACCAUGAAAGAAAAGGCAUAGUUGACCUACGUGACAACAAGGAACCUGUUAAAGAUAAGGAAGGUGUAUAUUCAGCCAGACUUUUUGCUAAGGUAAUCCUUGUUUGAGGAGCAAGGCUGGCGCAGUGGUGAGAGCACUCGCCUCUCACCAAUGUGGCCCGGGUUCGAAUCCUUGCGUCGGCGCCUUAUGUGGGUUGAGUUAGUUGUUGGUUCUCCCUUGCUCCAAGGGGCUUUUAUCCGGGUAGUCCGUUUUUCCCUUCUCCUUAAAACCCAACACUUCCAAAUUCCAAUUCUAUCUGGAACGCACGGACAUGCUUCGACGAGUUCUUUUGAGAACUUAGGAGUUCUUAAAAGAACUCCUAAGUGCUCUGUGGAUAAACAAAUCAGUUACAACAAUUACAAUUUGUUUAAAACGGCGAUCAUCGCCAUCACGGUUCAAUUUGAAAAAUCAUACCAAUGUGAUCUCGAAGACCUCAGAUAGUCAAUGAAAAGGUACCCAUAUCCCAAAGAUCUCGGAUAGUGAUUUUGAAAUCUUGUCAAGUUGCCAAGAUAAACUAGAGAAAAAGAGGUUUAAUCGUCCGUUAACAAGCUCGACAUUUGGAAAACGUAUGAGGCCUGGUUAGAAAUGCGUCGUCUAUAACGAUACUUUUCUUGCCAUUUUUGCCACAAUAUAGCCUACUUAUAUAGUAUUGGCAUCUCUAACAGAGGAUAAUUGUCCUAUUGUCCUCUCGUGGUAUGUGGCAUGCUAUAUAAAGAUAGUCAUUUAGAUUUUCGUUGAAUUUCACUUUCUCGCCAUUAGCCUGCGAAAACAUCCGUUUCUCCUCGCUCUUCGCCGCUGGGAACGUUUCGCGCGGAGGAACGUCUGCGACUCAGCGGCAGAAAUUCCAUACUGAUGACGCAAAUCAAUGUUUACAUAAUAAAUACGGUAGUCAUGGGGUUCUAAAUAUAAAUUUGUCCAGUUUUAUGUGUCUUCUGGUCGGUUUUGGUAAAGUGUUGUGUUCAUCUGCCAACGAGCUCCAGCAAAACUCAAAUACGUCUUCUAGAGAAGACUAUAUUCCACAAAUCUAGACUGUUUUAUUGGAGAUUCUUUGCGUUUACAUUUGGCCUUUGUGGCCUUUUGUCUUUUGUCUGUCAUUAGUAAACAAUAGCUAAAACAAUGUAACUACUCCGUCGACCAAUCAGCGCUUCUGACCGGAUUCCGGACAGAUUUUACGUCAUCAGUAUGGAAUUUCUGUCGCUGAGUCGCAGACGUUCCUCCUCGCAAAACGUCCCCAGCAGCGAAGAGCGAGGAGAAACGGACGUUUUCGCAGGCUAUCUCGCCAUGAUCUAUCACUAAACCACCGGCAAUAGUUUGUGAAAGCCCUAAGCACUUUUAACUUUUUUACCCAUUAGGAAAGGUCUUAAACAUUGGUUAUUUUACACCAACGAACGUACUGUAUCUGGGCCUAAGUUAAGGACGUUUGUAAAGAACUUUCGAAAAACGUCCUCAAGACCGUUGUUUUUGUCCAAAAGCCUCAUCUCUUGUUUAAAGAAUAUUGCACUCAUGUCAGGGCCAACAGAUCUGUUCCUCAAAAUAUCUGUUCUUCAACUAAAGUUUUGCUGACUAGGAAAUGUGGGACAAAUAAUAUGUCCUUAGAAGGAAAGCUUUGCUGAGAAAAAGAUAGUUCCGGGUAUGUAAGGGGAUUUGAUGAAAGGAAUAGCGGCUAUUGCCUAUAGAUACAUGCAUACAUGUUUUGUUUAUUUGGAGUCUUAUACAAUAAAUAGUAUAUCAAUUAUUCAAAUAACUUAAAGUACAAACAACAAAAAAUUCCUAACCAUAUAUGGCUAAUAAGUUAUUAAUCAAUUAAGUCAUAGAGUAUUUACUUUUUUGCCGUCUUCCCCUUUCCUUUUUUCAAAGCAUUCGAAUAUAUGUUUUGCUAUUAGUUUUUGUAUUUUAGCAUUUCCGCCAGGGGGGUUUAUUAGAAACAUGAAGAUUUUGUUAGGUGACAUUCUGCUUAUUUUUAUUCUAUAUUCUUUUCCCAAAUAAUCUAGUAACGAACACCGUUUUUCCUACAUAUGCCUAUAUGUCAUAUACCUCUCCCCCCCAACUUAAAGUCUGAAUUUUUCUUUAUGACCUGUCUCCUGGGAAACUUCCCAGUAAGUCAGGUUCAAGGUUGUAGGUGCACCUUGCUGGCUGGGAACUUUCCAUCAGUCUUGCUGGGAAUGAGGAACAGAUAGAUUUUUCCCAAAAUGCUUAAAAUGGUUUCAGACAGCUUUAUCUAUGCUUUGUUUUUGCAUUUAGGUCUUUUUCUCAAAAUUUCCCGUUGGGUGCCCCUGACAUGUUGAAACUCUUACUGACAGUAGUCUCUGAAGUUCAAGCCAAGCCGACACUUUGGGCAGGUACCAAAGAUCUUCCCCUUUUACCUUUUCUUUUCAGCAAGCAGAAAAUGUGAUCCUAUCACACAACUCCUCAAGACCAUUGUUUUUAUAUCUACCAUUUCAAUGUGUGCACGCUCCUACAGAAGCCCCUCAAGAGUAUAUUGACAAAUAUAAAUUCAUUGAAAAUAAGACAAGAAGAGAUUACGCAGCAAUGGUUGAUAUUGUGGAUGAAGCCAUAGGAAAUGUGACUCAAGCUAUGAAAAAGGCUGGGUGAGUAGCUCCACCUACCUGGCUAUAUAAUUCCCGGGGGUGCUCCCAGUGGCAGAUCCAGACCUUCAGAUAAAGGAGGGGGUGGGGGUAAUUCAGACCCCGAGAUAACGGGAGGCGGUCUCAAAAUAACUUUUAUACCGCCCUUCGGGCCUCAGUUUGGUCUAAAAAUAAGGAGGGGGGGGGUACCCGGGCCCCUCCCCUGGAUCCGCCACCCAUACGGGUAUGCGCCGCCCCAGGGUAUGGUUUUUACGCCGUAUCGGUCUGAAAGCGGGUGUCCACUUUGCCCGUUUGAUCUGGAAUAGGGUGUGGUUUUCGAGGGAACUACGAGUGUGUAUGAACGUAUUUGUCGUUUGAGUUCCAAAUGAAUAAGAAAGAAAGAGUAAUAUGGAUUUGAAGAGAUCAUUUGUGGCAACCAAAUCUAAGUAAUAAUGAUAUAAUUUCCUCGGUCUAAAAACGGGUAUUGAUUGUAGAGGCCAGGUCUGAAAACAGGUGUUGGACAUGAUAUUAUUUGGUCUGAAAUAGGGUCAGGACCGAGCGGCAUAUCCCACCAAGAAAUCCUAGGAGUAUCCCCGCGAUAUAAACAGGCAGCAAAGCCUGGCGGCUUAGGUUGCUGCGUUUCAAUUCGGCCGGUGUCCAGGGUUCCAGUCCUAGUCUGAGUUCAACUACUCGGUUAUGCUACAAUAUUGGACAGAAUAAAAUGGAACAGCAAUCCUCCAUCCCCCCAGGAAUCAAGUACAAAGCCUCAGGAAGGUCAAAACGCGCCCUUUUCCCAUCCUUAAUUUGCGGAGAGGGAGGGGAAGGGAGGGUCUAAAUGUUCCGUCUAUUUUGUCCAAGAUUGUAGCCUGCGUAGCAAGCGCAUAAAACAUUUACGGCGCAAGGUAGGAGGUGGUGCGUGUAGGGGAGUGUGUCGUGCGUGCCCUCCUCUGUCGAACGAAUCAUUUCACUCGCGCUGAACAUCUGUCUACCACGCAGGCUUCAAUUUUUUAUUAUUCAAUUGACCUAGCUGCGGCUAUUUAAAUCGGUGCGAGCGCUGAAUGAAAAGUUCACCAAUCGUAGCGAUUAUAUGGAUACAUCACUUUAAUGAUCGUCGAAUUGAUAGCAAGUGCUGAAAAAGACGUUUGCAUAUAUCCGCUCCACAGUUGCCACAAUCGCUCAGAUUUCAGUGAUCACAGCCAUUCGGAACACCAACUGUUAAAACGAAUUUCGUUUGACCUCCCAAAAUGGAGUUGAAAAGUCCAAUACAUGGAUUCGUCGUUGUCUAAGGCUUCUCCAGAAAUCUUGAGCAAUCUUUCUUCAGUUGGCAAUGCUUUGAGCGUACGCUAAACCAAAUAAAAUUUUGCGCUAAUUCUAUCUAUGCGCUAUUGAUCAUGGAACCCUCCAUGACAUAACCCCUUUAACCUAAAACUAUUUUGUAAUAUUUUUCACAGUAAUAGGCAAUUAUUGGAUGAGAUUUUUGUGAUAUCCGGAAUAUCCAAGGUCGAGGUAAGUGUUAUCAGCCGAGUCAAAGGCCGAGGCUGAUAACACUUAACGAAUCUAAUACUUGUUUUAUUAUACAAUGUUUUGGAACAAACAACUACAAAUACACCGUCGCAUUGCUUUUGGAAAUCAUGCAUUGCGCUCGCAACCUACAGGUUAGUCAGUUAUCUGCUAGUAGAUAACUAACCAAUCUGUAGGUUACGCUGAUUUUUAAAAUUAACUGGAGGAUCUUAGCCAAUGAGAAGAUAGAUAGUGAGUACAGUGUAUAAUAAUACUAUUUAUCAAGUUGCCUAUUUUCUUGUAGUCUAUGGGACGACACCUUGUUGAUUGUUUCUACCGAUAACGGAGGUAUUCCAAGUAGCGGAGGUUAUAACUGGCCCCUCCGUGGAUACAAAGGCAGCCUGUGGGAGGGAGGGGUCAGAGGAGUUGGAUUUGUCCAUGGAAAAAUGCUUCAGAGAACUGGCGUCAAGUGCAAAGAACUCCUUCACGUGACAGACUGGUACCCAACCCUUCUCUAUUUGGCAGGUAAAGUUAAGGUUGUUUGCCACUCAUUGGACCAUUUACAAAACGUUUCCGAAAAAUCCGGUUGAAAAGUAAGCCAAACUCUACUUUUGGGGUCGUAGCCUGCGAAAACAUCCGUUUCUCCUCGCUCUUCGCCGCUCGGGACGUUUCGCGCGGAGGAACGUUUGCAACUCAGCGGCAGAAAUUCCGUACUGAAGACGCGAAUCAAUGUUUACAUAAUAAAUCCGGUAGUCAUGGGGCUCCAAAUAUAAAUUUGUCCAAUUCUACGUUUCUCCUGGUCGAUUUUGGGAAAGUGUCGUGUUUAUCUGCCAACGAGCUCCAGGAAAACUCAAAUGCUUCUUCUAGAGAAAACUAUGUUCCAUAAAUAUUGACUGUUUUGUUAGAGAUUCUUCCCGUUAUAUUUUGACCUUUGUGGCCUUUUGUCUUCUGUCUGUCACAAUAGCUAAAACAAUGUAACUACUCCAUCGACCAAUCAUCGCUUUUGACCGGAUUCCGGACAGAUUUUUUGUCAUCAGUAUGGAAUUUCUGUCGCUGAGUCGCAGACGUUCCUCCGCGCGAAAAGUCCCCGGCGGCGAAGAGAGAGGAGAAACGGAUGUUUUCGUAGGCUAUUUGGAUCGUUCCAGAGGAAAAUUUCUAGGAGCAGCGGAACGUCUGAAAAGGUACUCCAGGGGUGGUGCUUACCAUUUACACAAACAACCCUGGUGGAAAUCUUGUUAAUGAACAUAAUGCUUUAGAAUUUGGUGUGGUGGGACAAUGACCCACCACAAAUUAUAUCGAAAUCAACUGAACAGACUGAAAAGUGUAGAAAAAUUGCAUCGCCUCAAAUUACAGCCCAUAUUUUCUGAAGCUUCUCAAUAAACCGAAUGGUGAGAACCAUUUGAUUUUGCAACAGGAUUCUCCGGUUUUCCCAUGUACAUGGUAAGUACCCCUGUUCUAAAGGGACAUUCAUGUUCCAUUUCUUCAAAGCCAUCUUUGACACCUUUCUCGGGCUUUCGCGGCCAUUUUGCGAUAAAUUAAGGUGAUUUGUACAAAAUGCUAAACGCGAUUCCGGGAAGAAAUUUACUAGUCCCGAAUUUUACUUACCAUUGCACCUGCACCUGCACCUAUCCCGUAGUCAAUGACCGUUGGGGCGCCACGGAUGUGGCAACCCUCUCCGUCCAAAUUAUUUUGUUUUCAGCUUCUCUUACGACGUUGCAAAACUUCAACCCUGUCCAUUCAGCGAUAUGGUUCCCCCAACGCUUCUCUUGUCGGCCCCUUCUUCUCCCUCCUUGCACUGUUCCUUGUAAAAUCGUCUUGGCAAGCCCUGAUGAUCUUAAUACAUGCCCAAACCACUUUGACUUGCAUUUCGACUGGUUUGCCCAUGUCAAUGGUAAACAACCUUUAAGUUUCCUUGUGUUUUUCACAUGGGUUUUGAUUUUACACCUAGCAACAGCUGUUCAAAAGGUGGAUAGAAGUAUCCUCUGGAUAAAUUCUACUCAAUUCCAAUUUUUUAGGCAUUAAAGACGAUGGGUCUCUUCCUCCACUGGAUGGCUUCAACAUUUGGCACAGCAUAUCUGAAGGAACUGCGUCGCCAAGAACAGAGAUUCUACACAAUAUUGAUUUGCCUUCAAGCAAAAGCGACUUCUCAAAAAUUGAUCCCCCCGGCUAUGAAGGCAUUGCAAUCCGUGUUGAUGACAUGAAGCUGUUAAUGAACGUCCCCAAUCUGACGUGGUACAAACCGCCGGAAUUACUCCCGCAUUUAACUAAUGAAGUCAGAAAGGUGCGUCCAAUUUGUUUCCGUAAUAUACGUAUCACCCUUAAUUCUUUGUGAUAUACUUAACACCCCUGAGUUCAUUCGUUCAGGGAUCUUUCCAUGAUAUAUAUACAAUCCUGAGAAAACGAAGAACAUGGUGAAAAAAUAAAAUAACAUCUGCAUCAUCCCAGCUUUCCCAUUUUAAAUCUUACCAGCGACUUCAAUGACUGAAAUUGAAAACUGCUGUUUCACACGUGGUUUUAUAAAGCGUCGUUCAGGUUCUAACACUGCUUGAAAGUGGUAUUUGGUGUUUGUUGGGGAGGCAAGGGUAGUUGUAUAAACUGUACAACUGUUAAUGUUUGAAAAUUCUACACAGGAACUGAGAGAGAAAUUGGUAAAAAGUCAGGAAAUCAUGCAUAGAAAUUUUUCUCAAAGUACGCUGAUGUACAUUGACAGUAUAGUAAGCCUGAAGCGCAAAAAGAAUAUAUGAGAAUACCAUUAACUACUACCGCGUAUAAGCCCCCCACCUCACCCCACUUAUAAGCCCGUCCCCCCAUUUAUAGGCCCGCAUACCUGUAAACAAAAAAAUACAUUCGGUUAUAUCAACCCCCCCCCCUCCCCCAGUAGCCCCCCUCUAGCUUGUAUUGAAAUAAAUUCGAUUUUGACGUCGUUUUGAGGCUCAAUAAGGCGAGUGAAUUCAAAACGUAUUUUGAUCAGCACUGUCAUGUAGCUUGUUUUGAGUCCGGUUAUGUAAGCCCUCUCGGUUAUUAGCCCCUCCCGUUUAUAAGCCCUCUCGGAUAUAAGCCUCUCCGGUUAUAAACCCCCUCGGAUAUCAGCCCCUCCCGUUAUAAACCCCCUUGGAUAUCAGCCCCCCUGGUUAUAAACCCCCUCGGAUAUCAGCCCCUCCGGAUAUAAGCCCCCUCGGAUAUAAGCCCCUCCGUUUAUAAGCUCUCCUAAAACCCCUUACGAAGUUGUAUAAGCCUAAGGCUUUUAAGAGGAAGUUUACAUUAGGUGGUUUUAAUAACAGUGUGCCUGUCAGAAGAAAAAAUAAUUUUACACAGUAAUGUAUCAGUUCUAAAAACUGCUUUGGCCUUCAAACGUAAAUUGUUUUACUGAGCCUUUGUACGAGAUAGCAGCUGAUCAUUGUUAAAUUUGGUUAACAGAAUUUCGAUGAUAACAUCAAAGUUGCCCUAUUCAACAUCACUGCUGAUCCAAAUGAACACACUGACCUCAGCGAGCAACUCCCGGAUGUGGUAAAGAAGUUACAGGACAGAGUACAGUAUUACAUGAAGGGGGUAGUCCCUCCGGGUAAAAAACCCGCUGACCCAAAAGCCAUGGAAAUGGCGCGUAAGAAAGGAUACUGGGGCCCUUGGAGAGGUUGAGAAGGUUACAAAUCUUGUAUUGCAUGCUCAUUUGCGGAUUGUUUUUAAGGUGAUGUUACACGAAACUAUUUACAACGACGAUUUUUAGCGCAACACAGCGUUGCAACAUUGUUG